AUGCCGGGUGAGGCUUGCUACAUGGCUGACUUCACAGUCUUCCAGAUCGAGAUCACGAAAGGUUACGACAUGUCGGCCUUCCGGGAGGACAUGAAGAAGAUGUUGACCAAAGCUGGGGGAAGCGAGGAGCACACAGUCUUCCUCUUCAGCGACACCCAGAUCAAGGACGAGGGCUUCGUG